AUGCUCUCAUCCGUCCUCGCCGCUCUCAGGUCUCCAUCCUUCGAGGUCGAGGGAGCUCCCCAGCGGCCCUCUCGCUAUGCUGGCGAAGAUACCACCCCGACCAGCCGCCGGGAGAUUCUCGGCUGGUACUCCUACGGGAUCGCGGCCGAGGUUUUCGCCGUCUGCGGUGUAGGAUCCUUUCUGCCCUUGACCCUGGAGCAGCUUGCGCGUGAGCACGGUACUAUCCCCAACACCAAUCAGCCUUGCUGGGGUCCCGGCGCACCAGACAAACAAAAUGGGGGUGACCAAUGUGUGGUCAGGUUUUUUGGACUUCAAAUCAAUACCGCCAGCUUUGCAAUGUAUACCUUCUCGCUGGCGGUGCUCAUCCAGGCGCUGACGUUGAUCUCGUUCAGCGCCUUGGCAGACUAUGGGAAUAAUCGUAAAACGCUGCUCCUGUUUUUCGGCUUCAUCGGUUCGGCAACGAGCAUGCUAUUCGUAUUCGUUGCGCCCCCGGUGUUUAUCCUCGGCUCCAUCCUCGCGAUUAUCGGCAUUACUUGUCUCGGAUCCUCAUUUGUCGUGCUCAACUCAUUCCUGCCAGUCCUUGUCGCCAACGACGCAUCAAUCCAAAGCCCCCAAAGUCAAGGAGGGGAGGAGCUGUCCAACUUGCAUCGAAAUGACGAGGCAUCCGACUGGAACACAUGGGAUGAGGAGGAUAGCGUGGAUGGGAUACCGAAUCCAGAUCAUCAGACCGGAUCUCCCGAGGAUGGCCUGAAGGGCAAGGAGUCUGGCGGUGGAGCGCCGGAGCUUCAGCGGUCUACACAAAUUUCAUCCAAGGGCGUCGGUCUGGGCUACUGCGCGGCGGUAUUGGUUCAAAUCCUGAGUUUCGGACACUCUUCCAACACGGUUUGUUCUGCUGUUGGUCGGAAUCUGGUGGUGUGCCUUCACCUUUGUCUCGCGCCGAUGGUUACGCUCUCGGCCCGGUCCCCCCUUGACACGUCCUCGACCCCCGGCCUUCCGAAAUGGCGGGCAUGGCUGCGGCUCGUCGGAUUUGCCUGGAAGUCCCUCUGGCGGACGGUGAAGGUGGCGGUUCAGCUCCGUGAAGUGCUGAUUUUCCUGGUGGCCUGGUUCCUUUUGUCGGAUGCCAUGGCGACCGUCUCCGGCACGGCCAUUCUGUUCGCUCGCACUGAAUUGGGACUGAGCACAAUCGCGGUCGGAGCCUUGAGUAUUACUGCGACACUCAGUGGAAUGGCGGGCGCGUUUCUAUGGCCCCAUGUGUCUCGACGGUUCAACCUGCAGUCGAAUCAGACCAUCAUCGUGUGCAUUGUCCUGUUCGAGAUCAUUCCACUUUACGGCAUGCUUGCAUAUAUCCCAUUCAUCAAGAACUGGGGUGUCUUGGGGUUGCAAAAGCCCUGGGAGAUCUUCCCGCUCGCCAUCGUCCAUGGCAUCGUAUCGGGCGGGUUGUCAUCUUACUGUCGCUCGUUCUUCGGGCAGCUGAUUCCACCCGGAAGUGAAGCUGCCUUUUACGCACUGUACGCUGCUACAGACAAGGGAAGUUCAUUCAUCGGUCCCGCUAUCGUCGGUGUUCUCAUCGAUGCGACAGGCCAGGUGCGCUCGGGCUUCUUUUUCAUCGCGGUGCUGAUUGUUCUCCCCAUCCCCCUGGUGUGGAUGGUUAAUGCCGAAAAGGGUCGUCGUGAGGGACUGGCCAUGGCUGAGCGAUUGGACAAAUCACAGAAGGGGCCGACUGAAGAUGUUCAAGAAGCCGAAGGCCUUCUGGCGCGUGAAACUUAG